AUGGCAUUAAAGAGAAUCAACAAAGAAUUAAGUGAUUUAGCUCGUGAUCCACCCUCAAGCUGCAGCGCUGGUCCAUCUGGAGAUGAUAUGUUUCAUUGGACAGCAACUAUUAUGGGACCAAAAGAUUCACCAUAUGAACAAGGAGUUUUCUUUUUAAAUAUUCAUUUCCCAACAGAUUAUCCAUUUAAGCCACCCAAGAUUAGUUUUACCACAAAAGUUUAUCACCCAAAUAUUAAUUCUAGUGGAAGUAUUUGUUUGGAUAUUUUGAAAGAACAGUGGAGUCCAGCUUUAACUAUACCAAAAGUUUUGCUUUCAAUUUGUGCUUUAUUGACAGAUCCAAAUCCAGAUGAUCCUUUAGUACCAGAGAUUGCUCAUUUGUAUAAAACUGACAAACAAAGAUUUGAAGCUACUGCCAAAGAGUGGACUCGUAAAUUUGCACAAUAA